AUGUCCGAUCUCCUCGAAGUCCUCCCUGAUUUUGACCUCAAACCGUACUCACACCUUCUACAUUCCCUCGAGAAAAACGACAUUACUGUCGCCGACUUGAUCACCCUCGAUCCCAAAGAGAUUGCUAGAAAAUGCCCUCUUCCUGCAGCCGAUGUCCAGAGGUUGGUGCACGAUGUAAUAGAGGCUCUGCAACGCGACACGCUGCAAGGAUUAAGAAAGAAGCACAAGAAUAAAGCUGCGUAUGCCGAGGACAGAGCAGACGAUGGACCACAGUUCAAAGAGACAAAAGACGACACACCAUUCAAAGUAAGGACCUUGGAUCCGAUUAUAGAUCAGGCAUUGAAUGGAGGCUUGUACCCCGGCUAUAUUGUAGAGGUGGUUGGAGAGAGUGCUGUCGGAAAGACUCAGUUCGUCCUGGGCCUUUUGCUCUCUGUUCAACUACCUCCGCCAAAGGGUAUUGGGAAAGGGUCAAUCUACAUUUCGACCGAAGGGCCUCUCCAUACCAAGCGGCUCAGUCAAAUACUUCUUAAUCAUCCUGAGUACAACAGCUUAGACCCUGACCAAGGGCCUUCACUUGAUCGUGUGCAUACCAUUGCAACGAACGAUCUCGAAGCGCAGGAGCAUAUCAUCCGGUAUCAACUCCCCAUCGCAGUCCAGCGAUUUAACAUUGGACUGAUCGUCCUAGAUUCAGUGGCGGCAAACUUCCGAGCCGAGCACGAUACUCGGACGGCGGCGCAACUCGCCAAUCGAGCCUUUGAGCUGGCCAAACUGGGAAACCUCCUGAGGAAGAUCGCUAUCGAGAAUAACAUAGCGGUCGUGGUCACAAAUCAAGUCUCGGAUCGCUUUGAAGAUUCCAAAAAUCUCCUUCAGCCAUCAUCUCCGCUUACCACGUCUUCUCCUACCGUUCCAUCAUCACAUACACAAGCGGUGGUGGAGUGGCAGAGAGAGAUACAGAGCCUUGAUCAUCAACAGCGCUUCUUCACUGGAUGGGGAGACGAGACAGGGAAGACCAAACAUGAACAAUUGAAAACUCCGGCGCUCGGUCUGGCGUGGGCCAAUCAAAUAUCUGCUCGCAUUGUCCUUAAGAUGGAGAGUGAACGGCAGGAAUACGCAGGAGGCAAUAUCUGGAAAGACAAGAAGAAAACCAGGAACUUCUCAGUGGUCUUCGCUCCAUGGGCGGGCCCAACCCGUUCUCCGAUUCGAUAUGAAAUUACAACCCAGGGUAUUGUUUCGAUCCCAGACACCGAAAGGCCCGAAAAGGCACUUGCAACCGUAGAUGAGGAACACCAGGACUUGCUGGACGAGGCGUUCUGGGCCACAGAAGACGACGAAGAGUUUCCUUGA